AUCCCUUUAAGACCUUUAGGUGCUUUCAGUACUGGAUCCUCCCGGUCAAAGCCUCCUCUUAAGUUCUGCAAGACAAUGGUACUUUCCCCAACGGACCCAUCAAGGAUGGAUAAGGACAAGAACAACAAAAUAUUAAACUUCACCCUGGAGAUCAUCUACCUGCUGACCGGAGAGGAUUACACCAUAGUUAAGAAGACAUCUGGUGAACGUGUGAACCCCAGUAGUCCUACUGAUGACUCAGAAGGAUACAGCAAAGUCCAGAUUCCCAUCAAGCUGUCACCAUCUCACUCGAUAAUACAUGACAAAGAAAAUGAGCAGAAGCUCCUGGAACUUACCAACAAGAUCAUUGAGCUCCUUACUGGGGAGGGAGAAGAAUAUUUUGAAGGACACAAUGAUGUGUCUCAUCAGGUCAUCAUGGAGGACCACCAGGAUCCCACAUCACCAGAUGGAUCCAGUAAUAAAAAUACACCAGAAAGAUGUCCCAGUCCCCAUUAUUCCCAGGAUUGUCCAGGGGAAAAUGACCCAGAUGACAACCAGGAAGAGGAAGCUGAGGUUUUAAAAAAAACCAAGAUCUGCUCUGUUGAUAACAUUUAUUUUAUUAAUGUUGAUGACGCGGAGGAAGAGCAGAUGUAUGUCGUGAAUGAUUAUCAGGAGGAGAAUGAGGGGAAAAUUCCUGCACCUGACAUAUCGGAAUCGGUAAGGAGAUAUACAUGUGAGCUUUGCUGCAAAUCUUUUACUCGGAAAUCGCACCUUGUUGAACAUCAAAAAACCCACACUGGGGAGAAGCCGUUCAUAUGUUCUGAAUGUGGGGACUGUUUUACACUUAAGGGAAACCUUGAGAGACAUAAGAGAAUACACAGAGAUGAAAGGCCAUUUCAGUGUUUAGAUUGUGGGAAAUCAUUUUUUCAGAAAUCGGAUCUUGUUGAACAUCAGAGAAUUCACACGGGGGAAAAGCCGUAUCCAUGUGUAGUAUGUGGGAAAUGCUUUAUCAAAAAAUCAGCCCUUGUGAAACAUCAGAGGACUCACACAGCAGAGAAGCCAUUUUCUUGUACAGAAUGUGGGAAGCGUUUUAGCCAGAAUACAGGGCUUGUAGAACAUCAAAAAAUUCAUAGAAAUGAGAGACCGUUUUCGUGUUCAUAUUGUGGGAAAAGUUUUACCCAGAAAGGAGGCCUCGCUGAACAUCAGAGGAUUCACACAGGAGAGAACCUUUUUUCGUGUUCCCAAUGUGGCAAAUCAUUUACUAAGAAUUCAGCUCUAAUUAUUCAUCAGAGAUUUCAUACGGGAGAGAAGCCAUUUAUGUGCUUAGUAUGUGAGAAAGGCUUUACCCAGAAGUCAGAUCUUGUGAAACAUCUUCGAAUCCACUCAGGAGAGAAGCCGUAUGCAUGUUCAGUGUGUGCAAAGCGAUUUACCCAGAAACCAGAUCUUAUUGAACAUGAGAGAAUUCACACAGGGGAGAAGCCAUAUUCAUGUUCACAAUGUGGAAGAUGUUUUACCCACAGAUCAAACUUUGUAAAACAUCAAGUUAUUCACUCUCAGUUCAGUGCGAAGUCACAGGCUGCAGUAGAAAAAACCUUGAUCUCCCAUACCCCUAUUUUAAACUUUGAUUCAAAGAAUGAAGAUAAAUCUUAAGAUAAUAGGUAUGAACAUUUUGAAGAACUGUGUGGAGUUGCUUUGCAAUCCUGUCUUCAUGGUCACAUCAGGACCUAAGGCUUCUGAGUCUACUCCGUGUUUGGACCCUGUAGUGCUUAUAAUGUUUUGAUAAUACUGAAAUGGGUAGCAAAUAUCAGAGAGACACCCCUAUUUAUUAGGUAGUGGAGGUACGCUCCUGUCUCUGCUUUAAAAGAAGAUAUACUUCAUUACCAUUAUUUUAAAGGCAUUCGCCAGUUUUGAGGUAAAGUGCAUUCUUUUUUUAAUCAUUUUCAAGAUUUCCACUUACAGUUGGUGACUGGAAACCCCUGCUGUAUCUGCUGAUUAACCCUUCACAUACCGCGGUCAGCGCUGACGGCGGCACGUGCAGAGAUUACAGAGGGAGGGGGCUCCCUUGACUUCAUCGGCCCCCCAUGCUGCGGUGAUAGGGGGCCAAUGGUUGUUAUGGCAGCCCCGAUGUCUUACACAGGCUUCGGAGCCUGUCAGCUAUGGAAGCCCAGGAGAUCCAGCCCCCAAGGCUGGGUAUCCUAGGCACCUGUCAGCGUCUUACUGUGUAAGACGCUGACAGUUCAAUUCAGUGCAAUACAGAAUGUACAAAAAUAAAAAUGUGUUUUUUAAUAAUAAAAUUAAUUUU